CCGGCCAGGCAAAUUUGAAACCGUUCCAUCGUCUCAAAGGCAGAUCGUUCAUUUACAAAAUUUCACUGGAUUAAAAAGAACUCAUUUUUCUCACACCAGAAGGUAUUUACACGGUUACUGAAUGAAACUGUUUGUCGCAUCGUGUUCAUUCACAGGCUUGUGCAGCUAGUUAGCUAGCUCAACUUUUAUGUAGCCUUGUUGUCAUUUAAUUCAUCAGACACAUGUUUAACGAUGCUCUAAUUAAGACACUGAGAUAAGUACAUAGCUAGUAAUGUACAUACAGUGACUCUGUACUGGACUUCGUUGCCUCUGUAGAGAAAGAGGAAAUCCAUUUUGAUCUGAAAUCCAUAGCUGCCCCUUAUUCAGAGGACCAUGGACCCUGGGACCCAAAGACUGUUUGAAAGAGUUGCACAGAAACUUGGCUGGGACAAACCUGGUGCUCUGGACCGAGCAGCAGACGAGUUGAGAAAAAGUUUGAAAUGCAGACGAGAUGCUGUUGGCAGUCAUGAUACUGAGUCUGCUGAGAGGAAAGAGUCUUCAUUUCUGUCAGACAGUGAUGGUUCUGAAAAGGAGAAUCGGCUUGGAAAGAAAAAUGCCCCCUCAGACAAAGCGCUGCUGGACUCCAGUGAUGAGGACUUUGAUCAAAUUCUUGCGACAAAGGCUACACCCAAACCCGCUGCCAGACACAUCUCAUCUGCCAAGAAACCAAGUGAACCAGCUCAGAUUUUGUCCUCAGACAGCGAUGAUGGCUUUGAAAACUUUUUGAGACGUGUGAAAACCCCGAAGGCUCAACCAAGGCCUCGGUCUGUGAGUGGUAGUGAUGACAGCCUUAAACAAUUCAUAGUAGACGACUUGUCUUCUGAUGAUGAUUUUGUUGUGGAGAAGAAGCCGUCCAUUUCAAAAGGAAAUCUGAAGACUCCCAAGUCUAGCCUGAAGAUAGAGAAGCAGCGGCCCUCGCAGUUCCACUCCCCAGUGUUUCUCAGUGACUCGGAUGAUGACAGCGACAUCGUGAUCAAGAGCACGUGGAGGACACGGCACAGUCGUCCAUCCUCGCAGGAAAAGGAAGCUCCGGCUAAAGAUAAUAAACCCAGAAAUUCCCCGUGCUUUCCCUCUCCUCUUGUUUCUGUCCACACACCUAAGCCCUCAUCAGCUCCACCCACAAACAGUGGAUGGCGUGAGGACACGGGCAGCUCCGAAGACGAGUUCCAGUCCUUACUGGACCGCAUUAAGAAAAACCAGAAGUUGGGAAGCAGUAGCACACACGCUUCUCCUAAACCUCCAGAGCCCAAAGCUGCAACAGCCUGUGUGACUCCAUCUGUGAAGGCACAAAAGGACAGUGACAGAGUGCCAGUAAAAGGUUCCCAGGUGAGCAGAACUCCAGCGCAGCUCCCAAUCCACAGAGCCGUGAGUCAGACGGAGCCCAGAGCAGGCCACAGCAGCAGAGUGGCUGUGUGUAAAACACCAGGCUGUUUCCUGCAGUCUCUCUCUUUUCCUGACUCCGUGUACUGCCAAAACUUCAAGCAGAAGAAGGAGGAGCUGACCAGCAAACUCUACCAGCUCUAUAACACUAGUGUUUUUGAGAGCAAGCUGCCCACUGACAUGUCGAUCAAAUGGAAUACAAAGAUGAGAAAGACAGCAGGAUAUUGCAUCACCGGCCAGGAAAAAGUCACCCGCAUACGAUACGCCCGCAUCGAAUUGUCUGUCAAAGUCUGUGACUCUGCCGACCGGUUGCGUGACACACUAGUUCAUGAAAUGUGCCACGCAGCCACAUGGCUGAUAAACAACGUGCGGGAUGGCCAUGGACCUUUCUGGAAGAUCUACGCACGCAAAGCCACCCUGGCUCACCCCGAGCUGCCCAUGGUGACCCGCUGCCACAGCUACGACAUCAACUACAAAUACCAGUACCAGUGCAGCCGCUGCAAAAACACGAUUGGCCGUCACUCAAAAUCUCUGGACACGCAGAGGUUUGUGUGUGCGCUGUGCACAGGCCAGCUUGUCCUGCUCACGCCGUCUAAUACUCGCGGCCCCACACCUUUCGCUACGUUCGUGAAGGAGAAUUAUGGUACGGUGCGACAGGAGCUGGCUGGCCAGAGUCAUGCUGAAGUGAUGAGAAAACUCAGUGCUGACUUCGCUAGCAAGACACGCCUCAGCCAGAGCUGAUUGCUGUUGAUCAAACUUUACUGGAAACUUUUACUGGCUCAAGCUCUGCUUUUCCUCCACUGUUCAGUAUGCUGAAAGACGUGUUCUAGAAAUGACUCAAUAUCUUUGCUGCACUUGUCUGUAUCACCUCAGCAUUAUGUUUCAGAAAAAGUAAACUGUGAAGAUGCCUCUGGUUAUAUCACCUGAUUAUAUUAUAUUGUUUAUAAGUGUACAUGAAAUUUUUAAUAGUUCUGUAUGUUCUGUCCAGGAAUCUUUUAAAUGUUUUUUUGAAUGUGUGUUCGAAUAAAGAAUUUUUUCAUACCUAGUGAC